CAACAACAUGUGUUCUCUCGCCAAGAAGGGCGAAUUUUCACGUAAUUAAUUUCACAAAUUUUAUACUUCGCCAGAAUAUUGAGCAACUUCACGGUUUGGUUUGAUGCAAAAUGGAAUCUCCUCAGGAAGAAACAACAAGCGUGCACCAGAUCGCACUAAAUAAUCCGAUUAUCUUGACGGAAAUAUUGAAAAAGAGCUCCACCCCGUUGAAAACUUGUCGACUCGUUUGCAAAUUCUGGAACGAAAUGGUCCUCUCCCUUCAAAAUCCGAGACUCGCAUUAAACCUGGCCAAGCAGGACGACGAUUUUACAUGCGAUCCUGUCCCAUUUUUCGCACUAUGUUACAAAAUGGAUGACCGUUUGGCGAAAUGGGUCAGCACAUGGAGUGACCUUCCCGAGGAUGAGAUGGAAAUUAGUGGAGCCAGCCAAGCCAAGUUGAUGCACCUUUGCGACAAGUUUGGCGAUCUCGUCGAAAUUCUGGACGUUAUCAUCCACGACGAGGAAGACUACCUAAAUUCAAUCCAUCUAAUCUUGCAAAAUUGCUGUCCGAAUUUGAAACGGUUGCGAAUUUCGUCUCCAUUUACGAAUUUGUAUUAUCAUAACUACAAGAAAAUUCUGGAGGGGCUCCCCCCUAAAGUAAAUUUGACCUUUUUCUCAGUUACUUCCAAACUGGUGACCCCAUUUCUCACCAAUUUUGUGCAGGAAGUGGUCAACGCCGCGCCCAAUUUAGCCGAGGUCACGAUUCCAUGGAAAGUUUUUCCAGAUUUGGCGAAUUCUAAGCGUAUCCACUCCUUAACCAUCGCUUUAGACGGCGUUCGACCAGACGACAUCUUUCAAGCGGACGACAAGCUUUCCCAACUGGAGAAAAUCUUGGCGCAAGUUGGUGAUCAGCUUGUCACCUUACGUUUCGGCAGCGUCACCGACAAAGCCGUCAUACCCACGGGUUUCAACUCUUUCAAAUAUUCUGGAUUCAAUUUACCGAAAAAGAUGUCGAAAUUGCAGUACUUUCGAAACCACAUGGUCGACAUUUUUGAGUGCGGCGACUUCCUGCAAAAUACCAAGAGUCUGAAAACGCUCGUGCUUGGGAAGGCAUUUACUUGGUUGAAAAGUCUGGAUGAAAUUUUGAAAAAUAUUUUCGCCAAGAAAAAGAUCUUCGGAAACGGGACGAGUUUGACGCUUCGGGAGAUCCACGACCUCAGACUUUUCGACGGAUUGAAGGCAGCGUUUCCGAACUUGGAGAGGCUGGCGUUGGACACGUAUGGCGAAACGGACUGGCGUGGACGCGUGAGUGAGAUGGAGUUGGACGUCGUCCUCAGGGCCUGCGUGGGUUGGAAAUCGUUGAAACACUUAGACCUUGCGCUGCCCACGUUUCCGGAAGAAAUCGCGUAUGUCAUCCACGAUUUGUUGUAUGCUGGGGACUUGUACAAACGCCUGAAAACCUUGCAAAUUAUGGGGCAUCGCGAAAUACUGCGAUGCACGCUGACCGACGAGGAGCUGGAGAAGUUUAAGCAAGUUAUCGUCGCGUUGGAUGCCGUUGAGGACAAAGUCAUCAUCGACAACUUUUCUUUUGGGCAAGAAUCUGUGAGCAAUAUAAAGGAUUUCAUACGUGCAAAUAAAAUGAACCUGCCCAAGUUCGCGAUAUUUUUGGGGGGGAGCUUAUCUUAGCUAGCGACUUCCGUGACAUAAUGUAUGGAUUUUUGACACCUUUUGUGUAAGAAACAUUACACUUUUUCCUUUCUUAAAUUUUGUAGAAUUUGCACAUGUUUCUUUAAUAAAUAAAUAAAUAAG